AUGGAGUAUAAAGCUUACUGGGCAAUCAAACAACUCAACAUGGAUGCUAAGUUAGCCGGUGAGAAGCGGCUACUACAGUUGGGUGAGCUAGAUGAGUUUCGAUUGCAAGCCUAUGAUAGUGCCCGUAUCUACAAAGAAAAGACUAAGCGAUGGCACGAUAGUCACAUUCUUCAUAUGGAGUUCGCGGUGGGCGACAAGGUUCUGUUGUUCAAUUCUAGACUUAAGUUGUUUCAUGGAAAACUAAAGUCUAGAUGGUAUGGGUCGUUCACCGUGACUAUGGUAAGCAAGUUUAGGUCAGUCAAAGUAGAAAACAUCAAUGGUGAUCGAUUCAAAGUCAAUGGACAACGUCUGAAGUUGUACCAUGAAGGGGCUACUGUUGGAGUGGUUGAGGUUCGUCACCUCAAUCCUUCCACCCAAUGA